ACCGCUGCUCGCUCGCGUCCCGCCUCCGCUUCCUGCGCCGCGGGAACGUGACCUUCCCGGGGGCCGCCCGCCCCGCCCCGCCCCGCCCGGCCCGGCCCGGGAGGGGGCGCCCCGCGCGCCAUGGCCCCGCCGCUGCUGCUGCUGCUCCUGGCCGGGGGGGCGGCCGCCUGCCCGCUGCCCUGCGUGUGCCAGAACCUGUCCGAGUCGCUGAGCACGCUGUGCGCCCACCGCGGCCUGCUCUUCGUGCCGCCCAACGUGGACCGGCGCACCGUGGAGCUGCGGCUGGCCGACAACUUCAUCCAGGCCCUGGGCCCGCCCGACUUCCGCAACAUGACGGGCCUGGUGGACCUGACGCUGUCCCGCAACGCCAUCACCCGCAUCGGCGCCCGCGCCUUCGGGGACCUGGAGAGCCUGCGCUCGCUGCACCUGGACGGCAACCGGCUGGUCGAGCUGGGCGGCGGCAGCCUGCGCGGGCCCGUCAACCUGCAGCACCUCAUCCUCAGCGGCAACCAGCUGGGCCGCAUCGCGCCCGGCGCCUUCGACGACUUCCUGGACAGCCUGGAGGACCUGGACCUGUCCUACAACAACCUGCGCCAGGUGCCCUGGGCCGGCAUCGGCGCCAUGCCCGCGCUGCACACGCUCAACCUGGACCACAACCUCAUCGACGCGCUGCCGCCCGGCGCCUUCGCCCAGCUGGGCCAGCUGUCGCGCCUGGACCUCACGUCCAACCGGCUGGCCACGCUGGCGCCCGACCCGCUCUUCUCGCGGGGCCGCGACGCGCAGGCCUCGGCCGCGCCGCUGGUGCUGAGCUUCAGCGGGAACCCGCUGCACUGCAACUGCGAGCUGCUGUGGCUCCGGCGCCUGGCGCGGCCCGACGACCUGGAGACCUGCGCCUCGCCCGCCGGGCUGGCCGGCCGCUACUUCUGGGCGGUGCCCGAGGCCGAGUUCUCGUGCGAGCCGCCGCUCAUCGCCCGCCACACGCAGCGCCUCUGGGUGCUGGAGGGCCAGCGGGCCGCGCUGCGCUGCCGCGCCCUGGGGGACCCCGCGCCCACCACGCACUGGGUGGGGCCCGACGACCGCCUGGUGGGCAACUCCUCGCGGGCCCGGGCCUUCCCCAACGGGACCCUGGAGAUCGGGGUGGCGGGCGCCGGCGACGCGGGCGCCUACACCUGCAUCGCCACCAACCCCGCUGGCGAGGCCACGGCCCGCGUGGAGCUCCGGGUGCUGGCCCUGCCCCACGGCGGGAACGGCAGCGCCGACGGCGGCCACCCGGGGCCCUCAGACAUCGCCGCCUCGGCCCGCACGGCUGCCGAGGGCGAGGGCGAGGGGACGCAGGAGGCCGAGCCGGCGGUGCGGGUGACCGAGGUGACCGCCACGUCGGGGCUGGUGAGCUGGGGGCCCGGGCGGCCGGCCGACCCGGUGUGGAUGUUCCAGAUCCAGUACAACAGCAGCGAGGACGAGGCCCUCAUCUACCGGAUCGUCCCGGCCUCCAGCCAGCACUUCCUGCUGAAGCACCUGGUCCCCGGGGCCGACUACGACCUUUGCCUGCUGGCCCUGUCACCCGCCGGGCCCUCGGACCUCACGUCCACACGGCUGCUGGGCUGCGCCCACUUCUCCACACUGCCCGCCGCGCCCUUGUGCCACGCUCUGCAGGCCCAUGUGCUGGGCGGGACCCUGACGGUGGCCGUGGGGGGCGUGCUGGUGGCCGCCUUACUGGUCUUCACCGUGGCCUUGCUGGUUCGGGGCCGGGGGGCCGGGAACGGCCGCCUACCCCUCAAACUCAGCCAUGUGCAGUCCCAGACCAACGGGGACCCCAGCCCCACGCCCAAGGGCCACCCUCCGAGGAGCCCCCCGCCUCGGCCACAGCGCAGCUGCUCCCUGGACCUGGGGGACACAGGGGGCUGCUACGGGGUCCGGCGCCUCCGAGGGGCCUGGGCGAGGAGGAGCCACUCGGUUCACGGGGGGCUGCUGGCCGCUGGGUGCCGGGGGCUGGGGGGGAGCUCCGAGCGGCUGGAGGAGAGUGUGGUGUGAGGAGAGGGGCCCACUGCCCGGUGGGUGUGGGGCGGGCGGCAUCUCCAGGGGCCCCUCCUGGCUUGACCCUUGGUACCUCAGGCCCCCUCUGCUGGACCUGCCUCCAGACGGGUUCGAGGGGACAUGUCCCCCGACGGUGCUCACAGCUGCUGGGGCGGCAGCCGAAAAGCAGGCGUCUUGUUUUUCUUUCUAAUAAAACCAUUGAGGACA